AUGGAAAGUAAGUUUUAUUUCAUCUAAUUUUAAGGUAAAUAGUAUGUUUUAAAUAAAUGUCCACCCAAAUCACCAGAUCAUGAAAAGUAUUUUAUUUCAUUAAUUCUAUAAUCAAUAGUAUUAUUAUUAUUAGUUAAGUUAUAUUUCAUGGGUGGGAGGUUUUAUACACCGAUGGGAAAAUGUACUACAUUCUUAAUUCUAUUGAGGUGUUUCUAUACAAAACGUGUUAUCUCUAUUUUGAGUUAUACAUCGAUUCUUAUAGAGAAAAUGGCGAGAGACUAUUGAAACCAUAGUUUUUGUCAAAAUGUACUAUGUCAUAACUAAAAUUAAACUUAAACUAUUAAUGGAUUUUAAAAAUAUGUUAUUUCCAAUAGAUAUUUUUUCCAUAGCAUUCUAUAUCCACUUUUCUUCAAAACAUAAUACUUCCUGUACUAAAUUAUAGGUUUUACUUUUCAUAUUUUUCCAAAAUAUGGUAUAUUAUUCAUAAUUUUAAUCAUAACGUGUUAUUUUUUUUUACAUCAAAAUGUAUUAUUACCCAUUUUAUUGAUAUAGCAAUAAUUAAACUACAUUGUGUACAAAAGUUAGUAAUACCAAUAUCAUUGAAUCCUUUAAAAUUAAUAUUAUUCCAUUAAUACGUAUUAAAAUAUGAUGUGGCUUAGUAUUAAACCAACAGUGAUACAUAGACAUUAGACAAAUAAUAUGAAAGUCAACAUAAAAAAAGUUAUAUGAUUGUAUAAUUUCCGGCCAGUUCAUGAUAGCAGGCAGCUCUUGGAUUCUUUGUGAUAAUAUUAAAAGCUGUGUUAUGCUAAUGUUCGGUAUCCCAAAAUCCCACAUUAAUUCCAUGACAAAUAAUUAUUUAAUAUUUAUUAAUAUUCCUACUUUAAAAUUUAAAUACCUAUAUUUUGUUACGCAUAAUCUUAAGUUUUAUUAUAUUGUGUAGGUACCUACAAUAAAUUAGAAGAUAUGUUGCAAUCAGUUAGAUUAUACAAGCUGUCCCACGAAGAUAUACCUAUUGAAUAUCUCCGGAGAUAAUAAUGAUAAUCAAAUUCUGUUAUUUUAUAUUACUCACAGGGAAGAGGACUACAAAUAUUUAAUAAACUAUAAAGUAAAAACAGUAUUAAAGUUGUUAAUACUCGUAAAUAAAUAUAUAUAAAAAUAAAAUAAAUUAAUGAAUCCAUGCGUUGCCUGGAGUAUUAUUAAGUGUAUUAUACGACUGGUUUUAAAUUAAAAAUUUAUCAUCAGAUAUAUCACAAUUAAAAUGUAAAACACAUUUUUUAUUUUUAUGUAUAAACUUUUUAUUUAUAUAUUUAUUUAUACGAGGUGUGUUCAAUAAAUAUCCAGACUCAAAUUAUUACAGAUAAACAUUUUGAGUUAUCAGCAAUAUUGUUAUACCAAAAUAAACUAGAGAUAAUGACCAUUAUUUCAGUAUGUAAUUAUAAUCAUUAUCUCAAAUCAGUCAUCGACAAUACGUGUUUUAAGUUGGUCGUUUUGUAUUAAAUCGCGAUUUUACGAUGGAUGGAUAAUAUUACGGAGCAAUGCGCGUAUAUUAAAUUUUGUUUCAAAAUUGGUAAAAAUGUUACGGAAACUUUUGAAUUGAUCAAAUUGGCUUUUGGAGAUAUUUUAGUAAGCUGUUGUGUAACUUUUCACUGAUUCAAACGUUUCAAAGAAGGUCGGAUAUCCAUUGAAGAUGACCAUCGUCCUGGGCGUCCAUCAACAUCAAAAACAAAUGAUACCAUUACUCUUGUUCGAAACAAAAUUAGAAAUGACCGAAGAUUAACUGUUAGAGAAGUAGCCAAUGAAAUUGGCAUAUCAAUUGGUACUUGUCAUUCAAUUUUAUCAGAUGAAUUGGGUAUGAAAAGAAUGUCCGAAAAAUUAGUGCCAAAAUUGUUAACCGAAGAGCAAAUGGAACAUCGUAUUGAAGUGUGUUUGAAACUAAAAAAUCGGAUUUCUAAUGACUCAAGUUUUAUAUCAUCAAUUAUUACGGGUGAUGAAACAUGGGUAUAUGGAUAUGAUCCUGAAACCAAAGUUUAA